AUGCGUCAUGCCCUCAACGUUCUGGAGCGUUGCCCUCGCGCCGAGCUGGGAGCUGCCAGCUCCCCGGACCCCGUGGAGCUCGAAUGGGCCAAGACGCACCUGAAGCCCUUUGGUGUACGCCAGUUCCAGAAUGACGACGACAUGCUGAAGCAGGAGAGUCUCCAAGCCAUUGUCGUGGCCUCGGCUACUGCAGUGCAUGCCGAGCAGGCCAUCAAGGCCAUCAAUGCCGAUAAGCACGUUCUCUGCGAAAAGCAGCUGUCGACCAGCGUUGAAGUCGUAAUCAAACCUGCAACAAACUCGAUCCUUCGGGCUUCUUCGUCGCCUACGCCCAAUUCUCCGGAGGAAUUUUCAAUUUUCGUCGACUGCUCAAUUCACGACAUCGACCUUACACUCUGGUUCUUCGGCGCCAACAGCAAAGUCAAAUCCGUCUCCGCGGUGGGGAACACCGCUGUGGAACCGGACCUCCACAAACACAACGACCGCGACAAUGCAGAGGAUACGACGGAAAUCAUUGGAACGAAGGGGAAGCUCACGGUGAAUGUGCAGCCGCAGAUGAAUUUGGUGAAUAUCUUUGACGAUUCGGGGGUGAGGCGGGAGAUUCCGGAGACUUCUUACGAUCGCUUUGAGUAUGCCUUUGUGACUGAAGCGCAUGAGUUUACGGCUUGUGUGCUUGAGGAUCGGAAGCUGCCCUUGGACUUGAAUGCGGCUGUACAGGUACAGGCUGUUCGUAUCGGGGCGGCGUUGCAGGAGAGUAUGGUUGGGGGCAAGAAGAUUGUCUUUGAUGGAGAUGGGAACCGCGUGGAGGUGUCGAAGCUUUAG